AUGAGUGGAGUAUAUAAUGGUUUGCAGAAACGAAUUAAAAAUGUGCAGCCACUUGCUUUGUACGUACACUGUGCGGCUCACAAUCUUAAUUUAGUUAUUAAUGAUUCAGUGAAAAAUAUAACUGAAAUCAAUCAUUUUUAUGACAAACUUGAGAGUCUUUACGCAUUUUUUGCCAAUAGCAUUAAAAGAUGGGCAUAUUUAAAAUCUGAAAGUUCUAUUAACAUUUCAUUAAAGAGAUUGUGUUCUACACGCUGGUCUUCCCGGAAUGAUUUACUGUUGGCACUGCGGUUGUUGUAUUCAGAUUUAAUGAAAGUAUUAGCAUAUAUAGCUCUUAUGGGUCGCAAUAGCAGCGAAAAGAAUGAAAUAGCUGGUCUUCAAAAAUACUUUGAAAAAUUUGAUGUAAUAGUAAUUCUAACCGUUGAAGCUAUAAUUUUGGACUCACUAAAAACACAGUAUCUCUAUUGUUACAAUCACCCAAAUGUGAGCUUAGCAAGGCUACAGAUUUGCUUGGAACGGCUUUAUGAACAUUACAAGCAAAAUGUGAAAAUUUUGACGAAAUAUCAGAAAAAGCAGAAAAAAUGGCAAGGUCUUAGAGAAUUCAGCCCAUAUUUGAACAAAAAUGAAGAAGAGAAGUUCCGAAAUUUGCAGACGAAUUAA